AUGAUAAAGCUUCUUCUUAAUCGAAGACCCAACGACGUUAAGAUCAACGAAGACGUGAUUAAGGCGGCUGUAUCAAAUACGGGCUGUGGAGUAGCUAUGAUAAAGCUUCUUUUUGAUCAAAGACCCAACGACGUCAAGAUCACCCACGGGGUCGUCAUGGCGGCUGUAUCAAAUCCGAUUUUUGGAAAGGACGUUAUGAAGCUUCUUCUUAAUCGAAGACCCGACGACGUCAAGAUCACCGACGGGGUCGUCAUGGCGGCUGUAUCAAAUAGGAGAUCUGGAAAGGGCAUUAUGAAGCUUCUUCUUGAUCAAAGACCCGACGACGUUAAAAUCGCUAACGAGGUGGUCAUAGCGGCCGUGAGAUAUAGAGAGGACACGAUGAAGCUUCUCCUUGAUCGGAGACCUGACGACGUCAAGAUCACCGACGAGGUGGUUAUAACGACUGCCAAAUAUGGAGAAGCCACGAUGAAACUUCUUCUUGAUCGAAGACCCAGCGACGUUAAAAUCACCAACGAGGUGGUUAUAACAGCUGUGUCAAAUACGUUCUGUGGUGAUGCUAUGACAAAGCUUCUUCUUGAUCGAAGACCUAACGACGUUAAAAUCACCGAUGAGGUGAUUAUGGCGGCUGCGUCAAAUAGUUUCCGUGGUGAUGCUAUAAUGGAGCUUCUUCUUGAUUGGAGACUUAAUAGCAUCAAAAUCACUAAUAGGGUGGUCAUAGCGGCUGCGAAAUGUGGAGAGGACAUAAUGAAGCUUCUCCUUGAUCGAAGACCCGACGACAUUAAGAUCACCGACGAGGUGGUUAUAACGACUGCAAAAAACAGAGAAGCCACGAUGAAACUUCUUCUUGAUCGGAGACCUAGCGACGUUAAGAUCACCAACGAAAUGGUUAUAGCGGCUGCCUCAAAUAGUUUCCGUGGUGAUGCUAUGAUGAAGCUUCUUUUUGAUCGAAGACCAGACGAAGUUAAGAUCACUGACGAGGUAGUUAUGGCGGCUGCGUCAACUAUGUUCUCUGGUGAAGAGACGAUGAAACUUCUUCUUAACCGAAGACCCAACGACGUUAACAUCAACGAAGACGUGAUUAAGGCGGCUGUAUCAAAUACGGGCUGUGGAGAAGCUAUGGUGAAGCUUCUCCUCGAUCGAAGACCUGACGACGUCAAGAUUACCGACGAGGUGGUUAUAGCGGCUGCGUCAAAUAGUUUCCGUGGUGAUGCUAUAAUGGAGCUUCUCCUUGAUCGAAGACCAGACGACGUUAAGAUCACUGACGAGGUAGUUAUGGCGGCUAUGUCAAAUACGGGAUGUGGAAAGGACCUCAUGAAGCUUCUUCUUGAUCGAAGACCCGACGAUGUUAAGAUUUACCGAUGA